AUGGCGGCGCUUUUGACCGUCCUAGCGGUCCUAGCGCCUAGUUUCGUGCCGCCGCGCGGCCCCGUGCGGCGUUCUGGUGUCGAGGCACCUGUUUCAGCCCUAUCGUUGGCGCUGUUGGGGGCGUCCCCAGCUUUGGCGCAAGACGUGCUGGGCGAGAUUGCGUCAGUGCAGCGGAUUCGGAAGGAUCCGCCUUUCUUCUCGCAGUGGCCGCCCCUCGUGCAGGUGGCUGUGCCCAUUGUGCUCAUUUUUGUCUUCGGAGCCGCUGGCUCCAUCUUGUUUGGCGGUGAACUGAUUGACAAGACGACCAUCAGACGCAAGAAAAGGCGAGAGCGCGAGCAGAAGGAGAUGAAAGCUCUGAUCCAGGCGGUUGCAAGACAAGAGGCCGCUGGGAAGGCUGCGCCCGCCGGCAAGGCGGCGCCCGCCCCGGCCCCCGAGGUGCCCGAGAAGUGA